AGAUUUACACCCUGCUGCAGAACCACUUGUUCAUUUCCUGCAGGAGAUAUUAGGAACAUUGGGAUUGACCUCCAGUGGCAGCUCUGGUGCUGUUGGAAUUGCCGCUGACCACCCUCAGCAGGUCUGCAUCCACCCGGGAACCAUCUAUCCUCCCCCAGCUUGGUUGUGCCUCUUCUGCACUCUGUUGGCUGAGGCUGGGCUUGGGAAGGAGGCUGAUUGGCUGCUGGACUGGUGAUUGACUCUAACUUUUGUUUCCAACCGUAUCACCUGAAUCAUCCAACAAUUAGAGUGUGAAGAUACAAAACUGUAAUAGAUCUGUGGUGGAGGCUGAGACUGGGAUAGGGGUAUUUAACCGGGUCUCCUCUGUAACUUGUAGUAUGACUGGGGCUGAGAUUGAGCCUGGCGCCCAGGCCAAGCCUGAGAAGAAGCCUGGAGAAGAGGUUGUGGGUAGGACUGAGAGAGAGAAUGAAGUCCCAAUGGUGGUCCGGCCUAAGGUUAGGACCCAGGCCACACCUGGGGCAAGGCCCAAAAACGAGUCCAAGGGUAUGUCUGGGGCAAGAUCCAAAAGUGAGUCCAAGAAUAUGUCUGGGGCAAGGCCUAAAACUGAGUCCCAGGCAAUGUCUGGGGCAAGACCCAAAACUGAGUCCCAGGCAAUGGCAGGGGCAAGGCCCAAAAGUGAAUCCCAGGCAGUGGCAGGGGCAAGACCCAAAACUGAGGCCAGGGCAGUAGGUGGGGCACGUCCUAAGACUGAAGCCAAGGCAAUCCCUGGGGCAAGGCCCAAGGAUGAAGCCCAGGCUUGGGCCCAAACUGAGUUUGGGGCUGAAGCAAUGUCUCAAGCAGAGGGUGUGUCCCAGACCAAUGUGGUAGCCUGGCCAUUGGUCAAUAAUGAGUCUGGUUCUGCUGCUAAACCUAUGGCCCUAUCUGUGGAUAGGGAGCUGGCCAAUGUGGACACUGAGACCUUUCCUGGCUCCCAGGUUCAGACAGGAAUCCAACCUUGGUUUGGAGCAGGGGAAGAAACUAAUAUGGGGUCUUGGUGCUAUCCCAGGCCCAGAGCCAGAGAGGAGGCCUCUAAUGAGUCUGGAUUCUGGUCAGCAGAUGAGACCUCUACAAUGUCUUCUUUCUGGGCUGGAGAAGAGGCCAGUAUCAGAUCAUGGCCUAGAGAAGAGGCCAAUACCAGGUCGAGGCAUAGGGCCAAACAUCAGCCUAAUCCCAGAUCCAGGCCCAGAUCCAAGCAAGAUCCCUAUAUUGAUUCCUGGUCUGGGUCUGAGGAGGAGUCUGCCAAUCCAUUCUGCUUGUGGGCUGGAGAAAAUACCAAUAACUUAUUCAGGCCUAGAGUCAGGGAUGAGGCAAACAUGAGGUCCAAGCUCCGGACAAAGAGAGAGGACUUUUUUGAAUCUGAAUCUGAAGAUGAGUACUAUAAGGAAUCUUGGUUUUUGCCUGGAGAAGAGGCCAAUAGUAGAUUCAGGCCCAGAGACAAGGAAGAGCCUAAUACUAUCUUGAAACCCCGGGCUCAGAAAGAUGCUAAUAAUGGUGAUAGGGUCAAACAAGAGCCCAGGUUUGAGGAGGAAGUCAUAAUUGGAUCCUGGUUCUGGGCAGAGAAGGAGGCUGGUAUGGAGGCUGGGGCUUCAGCCAUUUGUGAAUCGGAACCAGGGGCUGAGGAGGGGGCCAUUGGUGGAUCCUUGUUCUGGACUGAAGAAAAGUCCAGUUUGGGGGCUGUGACCAGAGAAGAGACCAGGCCAGAGUCUGAAGAAGAGGCCAUAUUUGGGUCCUGGUUCUGGGACAGGGAUGAGGCCUGCUUUGAUUUAAAUCCCCGUCCUGUGUACAAGGCUAGUCCCAGGUUCAGAGAUCCAGCUGAGGAGGAAGUUAAUGUAUCAUCCAGGCCCCAAACCUGGGACGAGGUCACUGUUGAAUUCAAACCUGGUCCUUGUCAUGGGGUUGGCUUCCCAUCCCCAAGCCCCUUUAGAAUUCCUGAAGAAGCAGCAUCUGUAUAUUCUGAAAUGUUUGAGGGAAAGCCCAAGGGUGUGGAAGUUACCCCAGAAGGGGAAGAGCAGGAAUCUUUGCUUCAGUCUGAUCAACCUGACUCUGAGUUCCCAUUUCAAUAUGAUCCGUCCUACCGGUCAGUCAGGGAAAUUCGAGAGCAUCUUAGGACCAGGGAGAGUGCAGACCCUGAGAAUUGGUCCUGCAGCUGCAUACAAUGUGAGCUUAAAAUCGGUCCUGAAGAGUUCGAAGAACUCCUUCUAUUGAUGGACAAGAUUCGGGAUCCUUUUAUUCAUGAGAUAUCUAAAAUCGCAAUGGGUAUGAGGAGUGCUUCUCAAUUUACCCGCGAUUUUAUUCGUGAUUCAGGUGUUGUCUCGCUUAUUGAAACCUUGCUCAAUUAUCCCUCUUCCCGAGUUAGGACAACUUUCUUGGAAAAUAUGAUUCACAUGGCUCCACCUUAUCCUAAUCUAAACAUGAUUGAGACAUUCAUAUGUCAAGUGUGUGAGGAAACCCUUGCUCAUAGCGUGGGUUCCCCUGAACAGCUGCUUGGAUUAAGGAUGCUUCGGCACCUCACUACAACUACUGACUAUCACACACUGGUUGCCAAUUAUAUGUCUGGGUUUCUCUCCCUGUUAACCACAGGCAAUGCAAGAACAAAGUUCCAUGUUCUGAAAAUGCUGUUGAAUUUGUCUGAAAAUGCUAUGGUGGCAAAAAAGCUAUUUAGUGCCAAAGCUCUAUCGAUAUUUGUGGGUCUCUUUAACAUAGAAGAGACAAAUGAUAACAUUCAAAUUGUUAUCAAAAUGUUUCAAAAUAUCAGUAAUAUUAUAAAAAGUGGAACAAUGUCCUUAAUUGAUGAUGAUUUCAGUCUUGAGCCGCUUAUUUCUGCAUUCCAUGAAUUUGAGAAGCUAGCUGAGGAACUACAAGUCCAAAUAGACAAUCAGAAAGAUCCUGAGGUGGGGCAACAAAGCUAAGAUUAUUAACCACCUGCCUCUGAUCAGCCUUAUGUUCCCAAAGAGCCCUGAGUAGUGCUUCGGUUUUCAGUCUAGUUUUAUGUUGUAACUUAUAUUUUAAUGCUGAUGUUAACUUUGUCCAAUUCUUGGUUUGAGCUGGAUCACUUUGUGGAUGCCAAAUGACUAUUAGUGCUGAAAAAAUUGUUGAUAUUUGUCUUGCUGUCCAGAUUGCAGUAUUUUUCAGUAUUGAGCUUCCAAUGAACUGAGCCGCUUGUGUAAGCUACCCUGCUAUUCGUUGUUUAAACAUAUGGUUCUCUAUUCGAGUCUGUGUUUUCAAUAAAGGUCUGUGUGAAAACUGGCA